ACAUCGUCGAAGCGAAUUUCCCCAGCUCGAAAGCCACCUACGACAAGUCGACCCUCCGUAGUCUCGGGUUGGGUCGGUUGGCCGACGAGCCGCGGGAGUGAAUGCACCAGGCGAUUGUAGUACCUAUCACUAACACCGAUUGUCAAGAUAGCCGAGGGGGCCUGUUUCAUUCGGCGUAGACGAGCCCUUCCAUCCUCAGUGCCACCGGUGGUCAGUUCAAUUUACAACAACCCGCAGACUCGGACAGCUUCUAUUAGAGAUAAUAGAGCCUAUUGUUUCAUAUACCUUUUUUUUUCUAUUCCACCGGGCAGGACAGCUGGGAAGGGGAUUCAACAUCUCGAUCCUCUUCUUCCUCUCUCCCCCUUCCUUUCUGUCUUUCAUCUAAAGCAUGGAAGCCGCCACAACGAGCUUUGCGUCACGUAGACCAGCGGCUCACGGGCUUCCUCAGUUUCACCUACCAGUUCCGAAUCCGCCAAUAGAUAUUCAGGUCCCAAGGGUGCCUAGCAGCGACGGCACAAGCCCACUCUCGUCAGGCGUGAAUAGUGGUAGUUCUCAGAGUCCCCAAGCGGGAAUCGCGUCAUACAGCUCUCACCAUAGCGGCUGGUCUCUCCCGGCCAGCUCGUCUUAUACGUUCGGCUCGACGAAUCACGGAGUGCAUUCUGGGCCCAUGCAGUCGAACUACAACCGUCCGACUUUCUCCCCCACGGGUUAUACGCGAAACUCACAAUCUCCGGCGACGGCGGACGGGAUGUCGGCCCAUUCGCCAUACGACGGGAUAUCGCACUCGUACUCUCUCCCCACGCCCGGGGGCGGUGGGGGCCACACGAGCCUGCUCUCGCAGCAUUCGAGCCAGCCGUCGCUGGCGAAUCCGAUGAUGACCUCACACGCGCCGGGGUCGCAGCCACCGCCGCCUCCUUCGUCGACGGCGUCGGCGCAUGACAGCUACUCGCGGCCUCCGACGAGCUCGAACUACUAUUCGGCGGCCCCGGCGGCGCCCCACCAACCCUCGUUCCCGCCCUUCACCUCCAGCUCCGCCCACCCGUCGCCCACCCAGCCGUCGCCGACAACGGCGGGCCCCUUGCCCCGCGGCAUGCCGACCUUCAGCCCGCAGCACCAUCAGCACCACCACCAGCACCACCACCAGCCCUCGCCGAUACAAGCGCCGCACUACUCGAACCGGCCGCCGCCGUCCUACGGCUACCCGCCGCUGUCCUCGUCCAUGGGCGGCGCCGUCCUCUCCAACAUGGCCAACCCCGGCGGCCAGAUGACCCUCGUCGGCCCCAUGAACCCCAUGUCCCACGGCUACCACCACCCACACCACCUCAGCCCGCACGGCAUGUACCACAGCCAGCCGAACCAGCAGCAGGACCGCCCCUUCAAGUGCGACGUCUGCCCCCAGUCCUUCAACCGAAACCACGAUCUGAAGCGCCACAAGCGGAUACACCUCGCGAUCAAACCGUUCCCAUGCACGUUCUGCGACAAGAGCUUCUCGAGGAAAGACGCGCUCAAGCGACAUCGACUCGUCAAGGGCUGCGGGAACGGGAAGACGACACCGACGGACGGCAGCGAGACACGACAUCAAGGACGAGGAGAUGUAACGUCUCCGGGGCCGGGGAGGGAAGGGAGGGGGAGGAGGUCUGCCCCCCCCCCCUCCCGCUUAUCCCACUAGACGACCAUACAAGAAGAAUGCGGCGCUUGUCUUUUUUUUUUGCCUCUGCAAAAAGAAAAGCAUUACUGUUACAUCUAUCGCGAACACACACACACAAAAAAACAGCAACAACCGCCACCAUCUAAGGAUUCGUUUCAUCGAGGGGGAGAGGA